UCAAUCGUGGUGGGGUAUCACCAAAUCUCUUUUUUUUUUGUAAAAUAAAUUAAAACAAAUUGUCCAAAUUGCAUGUUUCUAGUUUGUCUUUAACCAAUGGAUCUUGAAAACAAAUAAAAAAACCUGUGUGAUUACAACAGGAUUAAAAGCACAAAAAUAUCAUAUCGAUGGCGCAACCAAAGGAUUUGCCCAUGCAAUUGGGUAAGAUUUACCUGCUGGUUGAAAACGAAUCAAGUGGUAGAAGCACUUGCACCGAAUCCUUUCCAAAAGAGGAAAGUGAACUCAAAGAAAGUCCCGCUUUCACCGCAUUUGGAUCUCACUUCGUUGGCCUAAACCUAAAUCCGCAUAGGAGAAGGAAAAGGGUUUUGGGUGGAGAUAACGAGUACUGUCAGCACUCCCAUUUAUUACGGAACCCAUUGGUUGUGAGGAGUGGCGAGGUUCCAGCUGGAGGUGAAUGCCAUCCGAGCUGCCCAUAUUACCAACCCAAGCCCCAAUCCCAAAAAAAGCAACACAAACAGAUUUACGACAGUUAUCCGGCUCAGGAAAAUUAUAAACAGCCAAGUAGGCAAUGUUAUAUUCAACCAGAGAGAACUCCUCCACGAUCCCGGGAGCAAAGUGAUAGUGAAUGCCGCUGCGAUCCACCAGCUGGAAGAAGAGCCUACCGGACAUCCUCCUCUAACUACAUUGAAUACCGGGAGUUCCAGCAACCUCCAAAAAAGAAUACCCAAUAUAAUGAAUAUAACUAUGAACCCCAGAGAAGCAAUCGAUUGCAGAAGAAGCCAUCCGUUUGCAGUUGCGGCGCUGAAUCCCCGCCAGAAAGACGUCGGGUUCAGAGAAGUAGUCGGGCGAGGAACACGGGUUCCGAAUGCAGCUGUGAAUCUGAAUCCCUGGCAGAGAGGCAGCCUGCCAAGCGAACCAAACGAUUGCAACGAAAGUCAUCCGAAUGCAGCUGUGCUGGAUCUCAUUCCCCAACAAGAAGGCAGCCAAUCCAAAAGAGAACUGCUCCCGAAAAAUGUGAUCACCCAAGGAAGACCACCCAGGUAUUUCCCACCUGCUCGGUUCGGUGUCAUGCUCGGGCCCAUGUCCAAAAACCAGCUCCUCCACCUGCCCCAAAACGAAGUAGUCAACCUUGUGCGCCGCCUCCAACUUCCAUGAAACCCACAAAGAAACCCAAAACAAAGUCACCCAAAAAACCACCUCCCAAAAGAUGCAGUGAAGCGUGCUAUUAUCGCUUUUCCGAUAAAGCAGGUUGUGUGCCCAACGAUUAUGUGGAGCGAAGUCGCUCCAGGUCGGAGGUCCUUAGAAAUCCUUUGGUUCAAUAUCGAACUAGCGAUGAUGGCACUGGCAUGCUGCCCCACGAAAGUUACAGUGAGGAGUACAUCCGGAGAAGAUCGCCAUGUCGGAACUGCAGGAGAUCCCAAUCUGAAAGUAGAAACACCCCCAGAAAGAAACCUUCCUUCUGCUCCAAUGAAACCCUGAAGGAAAAGGAAGUCAAGAGCUUUCGUUUCAGCUGUCCAGAGAAUGGGAAAUGUGAGGCUUGUAGAAAAAUCUGCCCGAAAUGCAACAGGGUGCAGCCCCAAAAACAGAAAAGCUCGCCACCCAAGAAAUUUGCCUCAACGGUGGCCAAGAAAUGCUGCCCCAUGUGUGGAUUACUGCCCAUGAUGCCCAAUAUAUCCAUUCCAAAUAUGGCCAGUAACAACCGCAUUAUAUACAAAACCUUGGGUAAAUGUCGACCUAGGAAGGUACCCAAAACCAAAUAUGAGCUAACCAUUUUCUGCAAAAAACGCUGUCAAGGUGGUAGAAAUUCUCACUACAUGACGAGCACAAUUGCCACGACUCUAAAAAGAAGAGCAAAGGCAGUUUUACCAGGAGUGAAUCCUGUGGCACCUUCAAGGAUCUCAAGCCACAGACAGGGUGUUAGACAAUCUCCUGUUCAAAACAUUACCAGUCAAUCACAACCCGCAGGACAACCAAGGAGCCAAAGUAGAUCGCGAAAUUCCUAUAUGAUCCAAGAACAAUCCUUUCCUUCAACUUCUGGUCAGCAACGGGAAAGAUCAGCUGCUCCGUCGCAAGUUAAAACGCGUUCUCCUUCAGCAAUGCAAAAAGUGGAAAGAAGGGAAGUCGAAAGAGGAUCAGCUCCUAUAUCUUCUUCCCAGCAAAGAACUAGAGCUCAAUCGCCAGUGGUAGAUAUUCAGAGUAUCUCACGAAGUGGGGAAGCUCCUAGAGGUUCCCAUUAUCCUAAAGAAACAAGAACUUCAAAUAGAAAUCAACCUGAAAAGGAACCUUCCUAUAGAUCUUACUCUGAACCAGCAACAUCCUCUAGAUCUCAACAUGAACCCAAACCUUCAUAUAGAGUCCAACCUGAUCAGAAAAUUUCUUUAGGAUCCCAACCUGCACCCGCAACUUCCUAUCGAUCUCAAUCUGAACCCACAACUUCCUUUAGAUCCCAAGCUGAACCAGCACCCUCCAAUCGAUCGAGGUCUGAACCAAGAGAAUUACCCGCGUAUUUGUUGGAGCCGGAGAUAUUGGAACCCACGCGAAGGGGAGCUUCCUACUUGGGAACCGAGGUAAAUCCCUUUUACAGGGGAAGUUUCCUCAGGGUGCGUAACUCUAUGGACUCCCCGCCAUCUCGCUUCAGUCCCAUUCACCAAAGAGGCAUUACGGACACUGAACCAAAGCCCCCAAAAGCACCAAAAUCAAAAGUAAAGGGCUUGGCUCUGCCCAGUAAGUACAACAGGUUAACCCAACUUCAUGCCUGGGUAUUUGGCGAUCCCUUCGUGAAGGGAAACAAGGAUCUGGGAACCUGGAGUUGGCGUCAGAUAUUCGGUCGCAGCAAAAAGCGUUCAUCCUCCAAAAGCAAACCGGCCAAGACAACGGAGGGCAACAUAUAG